UCUGCCCCUCGGACACUUCCGAAGGGGCGGACGAGUCUGCGCGGAGCCCUCGGGUCCCGGCCCGGAGCCGCGCGCAACAAGGUUCGCCCCCUUUGCUCCCCUAGAGAGCCGUGGUUCGGCCCGCCUGCGGAGGAGCGAUCUCGGGGAGAUGGCGGAGCCGCCGCGGCGGGGCCCGGAUCCGGGAGAGGUGGGCGCACGGCGGAGUCCGGCCACCGCGGAGACAGCGCCCCGGCCGCCGGGUCCCUGUGGUGUGAAGCGUGCUGCUCUUCCCUGCAGACACUGAGAGGUGCAGGCCCUAGGACGGAGCCACCCCCGAUGCCCGUCUGAGAAGCCCGUGCCUGCAGGAAGCCGUGGCGAGCGCGCAGCCCAGAGCCAUGGGCCAGGGGCCAUGGUGACGUGAGGCCAAUGGAGCGCGGCCGGCCCAGCCCACGGGAGCUCGUCUCUACCUCUGCCCUCCUGCGGGGAGCUUGCCUUGGCUCCCUCUUGCUCUCUCCCCCCGGGCCUCCUCCCCAGGAACCUUAGCGGCUCCCCCCGCGCCAUGCUCCAGCUGUGGAGAGUGGUCCGUCCAGCCCGGCAGCUGGAGCUGCACCGCCUGGUGCUGCUGCUCAUCGCCUUCAGCCUGGCCUCCAUGGCCUUCCUGGCCUACUACGUGUCCACCAGCCCCAAGGCCAAGGAGCCCCUGCCCCUGCCCCUGGGCGACUGCGGCAGCAGCGGGGACGCGGGGCCCGGCCCGGCCCGGCCCCCGGCCCCGCCCUGGCCCCCCCGGCCCUCGGAGACGGCCCGCACCGAGCCCGUGGUGCUGGUGUUCGUGGAGAGCGUCUACUCGCAGCUGGGCCAGGAGAUCGUGGCCAUCUUGGAAUCCAGCCGUUUCCGCUACAGCACGGAGCUGGCCCCCGGCCGCGGGGACAUGCCCUCGCUGACCGAGCGCGCCAGGGGCCGGUACGCCCUCGUGGUCUACGAGAACCUGCUCAAGUACGUCAACCUGGACGCCUGGAGCCGGGAGCUCUUGGACCGCUACUGCGUGGAGUACGGGGUGGGCAUCAUCGGCUUCUUCCGCGCCCACGAGCACAGCCUGCUCAGUGCCCAGCUCAAGGGCUUCCCCCUCUUCCUGCACUCCAACCUGGGGCUGCGCGACUAUCAGGUGAACCCCGCCGCCCCCCUCCUGCACCUGACCCGGCCCAGCCGCCUGGAGCCCGGGCCGCUGCCCGGGGAGGACUGGACCGUCUUCCAGUCCAAUCACAGCACGUACGAGCCGGUGCUCCUGGCCAGCCCGCGCCUGGCCGAGGCCUCGGCCCUGGGCCCGCUGCCCCGCAGGGCGCGCCUGCCCACGGUGGUGCAGGACCUGGGGCUGCACGACGGCAUCCAGCGCGUGCUCUUCGGCCACAGCCUCGCCUUCUGGCUCCACAAGCUGGUCUUUGUGGACGCCGUCGCCUACCUCACCGGGAAGCGCCUCUGCCUGGCGCUGGAUCGCUACAUCCUGGUGGACAUCGACGACAUCUUCGUGGGCAAGGAGGGCACCCGCAUGAAGGUGGCUGACGUCGAGGCCCUGCUGACCACGCAGAGUAAACUCAGGGCCUUAGUCCCCAACUUCACCUUCAAUCUGGGCUUCUCAGGAAAGUUCUACCACACGGGGACGGAGGAGGAGGACGCGGGGGACGACAUGCUGCUGAGGCAUCGCAAGGAGUUCUGGUGGUUCCCCCACAUGUGGAGCCACAUGCAGCCGCACCUGUUCCACAACCGCUCCGUGCUGGCCGACCAGAUGCGGCUCAACAAGCAGUUUGCUCUGGAGCAUGGGAUCCCCACGGAUCUGGGGUAUGCAGUGGCUCCCCACCACUCGGGCGUGUACCCCAUCCACACACAGCUCUAUGAGGCCUGGAAAUCCGUGUGGGGGAUCCAGGUGACCAGCACUGAAGAGUAUCCCCACCUCCGCCCUGCACGCUACCGGCGAGGCUUUAUUCACAACGGCAUCAUGGUCCUGCCUCGACAGACCUGCGGCCUCUUCACUCACACCAUCUUCUACAACGAGUACCCGGGGGGCUCCCGAGAGCUGGACCGCAGCAUCCGGGGGGGCGAGCUCUUCCUGACCGUUCUGCUCAACCCGAUCAGCAUCUUCAUGACCCAUCUGUCUAACUACGGCAACGACCGGCUGGGCCUGUACACAUUCGAGAGCCUGGUGCGCUUCCUGCAGUGCUGGACCCGGCUGCGCCUGCAGACUCUGCCCCCGGCCCCCCUGGCACAAAAGUACUUUGACCUCUUCCCUCAGGAACGCAGCCCGCUCUGGCAGAACCCCUGUGACGACAAGAGACACAAAGACAUCUGGUCCAAAGAGAAGACCUGUGAUCGGCUCCCCAAGUUCCUUAUCGUGGGGCCCCAGAAAACGGGGACCACGGCCAUCCACUUCUUCCUGAGCCUGCACCCGGCCGUGACCAGCAGCUUCCCCAGCUCCAGCACCUUUGAGGAGAUCCAGUUCUUCAGCGGCCCCAACUACUACAAGGGCAUCGACUGGUACAUGGAUUUUUUCCCGGUCCCCUCCAAUGCCAGCACUGACUUCCUGUUUGAGAAAAGCGCCACCUAUUUUGACUCCGAGGUUGUACCACGUCGGGGAGCGGCCCUUUUGCCCCGUGCCAAGAUCAUCACAGUACUUACCAACCCCGCUGACCGGGCCUACUCCUGGUACCAGCAUCAGCGAGCACACGGCGACCCCGCAGCCUUGAACCACACCUUCUACCAAGUGAUCUCGGCCCCCCGGCAGGCUCCCGCGGCACUCCGGGCCCUGCAGAACCGCUGCCUGGUCCCUGGCUACUACUCCACCCACCUGCAGCGCUGGCUCACCUACUACCCUUCUGGGCAGGUGCUGAUAGUGGACGGGCAGGAGCUACGCGCCAACCCAGCGGCCUCCAUGGAAAACAUCCAAAAGUUCCUCGGUGUCACCCCCGUUCUCAACUACACAAGAACCCUCAGGUUUGAUGAGGGGAAGGGAUUCUGGUGCCAGGGGCUAGAGGGUGGCAAGACCCGAUGCCUGGGCAAGAGCAAAGGACGGAGGUACCCGGACAUGGACCCCGAGUCCCGUCUCCUCCUGGUUGACUUUUUCCGGGACCACAAUCUGGAACUGUCCAAACUGCUGAGCCGCCUCGGGCAGCCGUUGCCCUCUUGGCUUCAGGAAGAGCUGCAGCGCUCGGGCCCGGGCUGAGCCCUCCGCCUGCCCAGAGGAGCCCCUGGCAGGUGCCUCAGACCAGGGUCACAAGGGCAGCCGCUCACCCACCCUUGGCCCAGGUGGGGAAGGACAGAGUGCAAGGCAGGACUCCGGAUUAGGGCCCUCCCACAUGCCCAGGGGCCAGUCUCUUUUUGUCCAAGGUCAACAGGUUCUCUUGCUUGUGAACCCUUCAGUCAAAGGGGUCACUGCUGCCUGGCCUCCCUAUGUCAUUCACAUUGAAUGGGGGAUGAGGCCAGGAGGCAGCUCGGGGGAGCAGAGAACAAGGCCACACGGGUCCUCAAUAAACGUCAUUAUUUUUC